UUUAUUUCAGUGUUUACAAUUACUAUGAAAUGUUUAAAAAUUCUUUGAAAAUUCCAGAAGCUAUUUGUCUUACUAAAAAUAAUGUUUCAGAAGAAGAUGAAUGUCCACAAUAUGAUGACAUUGACCAAACAUUGCAAAAUAAGAAUAAAAAGUAUCAAAAAAAAGAUAAAAAUCGAAUUGAUUUAGUUUUAGCUGCUGAUAAUGAUGAAAAUAAAUAUAAAAUUCAAGAAAGACACAAUUUUUUUAAAGUUUUGCGUAACAAAAGACUUCAUGUAUCUAAAAAGGCAAUUUUAUCAUUUGAUAAAAAAACAAAGUUUUGGAUUGUUUACACUCCUUUUGAUGUUUUGUGUGAUGCUGCUGAGGAUUUAAAAUUACAUCUUCCAACUGUUCAAAAUGAUAUUGAAGUUAAUUUAUGGUAUAGCAAAGCUUUAAAGAAACUUCGGGCAUGCUGGGAUAGAUAUGAUCCUUUUACAAUAAGAAAUUCCUACUUUGAUAAAACAAAAUUUUACUUUGCUGAUGUGUUUGACAAAUCACGGUUAUGUGAGUUUUACAACGGUAAUCAUAAAAACAAAUUAUUUUCACAAGCUUAUCGCUCACUGAUUACUUAUCAUAUACUUCAAACAACAUCAUGGUGUUCAGAUUUUAGAAUAAAAUGUGGUUUAAGUUACCUUAUGCAUAAUAAUGUUUUUACUGAUUGUUAUCCUGUCCAUGAUGGAGUCAUUUUGAAAGGAAGUAACUUGAAGCCAGUAAGUACAAAACAAAAACUUUAUGAAGAAUGGGGUUCGUUUAAACAGAUUUUUAAGUAUCAACCUAUUGAUGCAAUCAAAGACUACUUUGGUGUUAAAAUUGCUUUUUAUUUUGAUUGGUUAGGUUUUUAUACACUUUUUUUGAUCCCUGUUUCAUUUUUGGGAAUCUUAUGUUGUUUAUAUGGAGGACUUUCUUUAAUGUGGUUUGAGCCAACCAAAGAAAUUUGUUCUCAAAGCAAAAAAUUUCAAUUUUACAUGUGUCCAUUAUGUGAUAGGGACUGUAAUUUUUUUUAUUUAAAUGAAACUUGUUUAUAUGCUCGAAUGGCUCACGUUUUUGAUAAUAGUGCUACCCCUAUGUUGUCUGUAUUUAUGUCUCUAUGGUCAGUGCUCUAUCUGGAAUACUGGAAAAGGCGCCAGCACACUUUAUCAUACAAAUGGCACUCAAAGAAUUUUUAUGAAGUGGAGACUUUGAGGCCUGAGUAUUGUGAAGCAGCUGUCCAAAAACGUGUUAACCCUGUUACUAAAGACACUGAACCAUUUAUUUCUACAAAAGAAUACUUUUUAAAAGUGUGUGGUGAGUUAUCAGUUGUUUUGCUGUUUAUGUGUUUAGUUAUUGCAGCAACAAUGGGAGUUAUUGUUUAUCGUGGAGCUGUUUUUAUACUUAAAGCUCACUCAAACUCUAAGUUGUUAGUAGCAUGUUCAGCUAGUGUUAUUAGUUUGAUAAUUAUUAAUAUACUACGAAUUUUAUACAAAUGGAUUGCAAAAAAGUUAACCGAAUGGGAAAAUCCCAGAACAAAAAGUGACUUUGAAAAAUCAUUCACAUUUAAAAUGUUUUGGUUUCAGUUUUGCAAUGCAUAUUCUUCUGUAUUUUAUAUUGCUUUUUUUAAAAAUGCAUAUUUUGUUGGAUGGCCAGGAGAUCGUAGAUAUUUUAUAAAUAGAAAUAUUAGUUUAGAGGGAUGCUCAGCACAAGGCUGCUUUUUGGAACUAUCUAUCCAGUUAGUUGUACUAAUGGCAGGUCAGCAAUUGAUAGGAAACAUACCUGAGUUUGUAUUGCCUUUUCUGAAAAAGAAAUACAAUAGUUGGAAACAUUUGAUUACAGACAAGAAUGUACCUAUUUAUGAAAAUGAUUAUCAACUCAAUCGAAUUGAAAAGCAUAAUGAACUUUUUUUAUAUGGAGAAUAUGAAGAAGUUGUUCUUCAGUAUGGUUUUGUGACUAUGUUUAUUGCUGCUUUUCCUUUGGCACCAUUAAUUGCCCUUGUUACUAAUUUAAUAGAGAUUCGUAUAGAUGCAAAAAAAUUGAUAACACAGUUUCGUAGGCCAAUAGCCAUGUUAGAUAAAGGUAUUGGUGUAUGGUACAACAUACUUGUUACAGUAACAGCGUUCUCUGUUAUGGUGAAUGGCUGUGUUAUUGCGUUAACAUCUGAGUUCAUUCCUCGAAUUGUCUACAAAUAUAAAUAUAGUAGUGAUCACAGCUUAAAUGGAUAUUUGAAUUGGAGUUUGUCUUAUUAUAAUGUCACCAAUUUUAAAGAUUAUGAAAAACCCCUACAAACUCCAUUACAUCCAAUUUGCAGAUUUGCUGGUUUUCAUGAUUCCAAAUCACAUUACGAUUUUAAUAAAACUCAUUGGGAAGUAUGGACAGUUCGUCUUACAUUUGUUUUUAUAUUUCAGUUUGUAAUAUCAGGUACAUCGCGUCUUUUAGCAUGGUUUAUACCAGACAAACCUACAUCACUGCGUCUUAAAAUUAGGAGACAACAACUUCUUGCAAAAGAAGCAGAAAAGUUAUACAAAAUAAAGAUUAGGAAACGAAUACCUGAUAUUAAUGUACAAGGCAAUGAUGCUUCAGAACUUGAUUUGAAUCUUAUGCUUUAAAAUCUUUGUUGUCAUAGAACCUUAGCAGAUUGUAGUAGACCGUUGGGGAUCGAUAUAGACUACUCUUGGAAAAAGCUGACAAUACCAAAUAUCCAAUAAUAAGAUAAAUGUUUUCUAUUUUAAUAUAUAUAUUAUUUUCUAAAUUCAUCUAAUGUAUUUAAUAAUAUGAAUAUAUUUAAUAACGGAAAUAAAAAUGAAUCUAGUUAAAAGAAUAAGUAAAAAAUAAAGUUACUACAUUUAUAUAUCACAAAAUGGGUUAUUUUGUUACAAUUACUAAUGUAUAAUAUUAUUGGUGUUUUGUAUGUACUUUAAUAAAAUGGUUGUAAUUAAUGUGUGGAUCUGCAUCUAAUAUGGUUGCAUCUAAUGUGUUAUUUAAUAAGAGGGGAGUAUACAGUACAUGAAUGUUUAAUAAUAGGGUGUAUCUGAUGUAAGCAUAUUUUUGAUGUUUUAUGUAUGAGUACUCUAAUGAAUCUUUUCUAUUUUGAGAACAAAUUUUUAUCAAGAAAAAAUAUUGUUUUAACUUUAGCUUAUAAAUCUCUUAAAAGUUUAAUCCAGGAAAGCUGUACGUACUUUUUAAUUUUUUAAGAUAAUUUUUUACCCUCUAUAUUUUAUUAGGGAAAAAAUAGUUUUUUUAUAAUAAUAAUAAAAAACAAAAACAUGUAGUGUAAACAAGCAUUUAUCAAUGUUAUUGAUUAUUAUAUAUGUAUCUGCAUUGUAUUAAGUUGCUUUAUAUUAGCAUAUUGAUAUAUAUCGUGUUUGCGUCACUUUUU